GCGAGCCGCAGUCUUCUUCGAAGGCUCGAGCCCACCGCGUGGCGAGUGGCGACAGCCGCAUAACCGCAUCCUGGCCGCCGAGAGCCCACGUAAUUACCCCGACUGCCCGAGCUCGCCGGCUCGCUGCCACUAACCAGCCAAGAGUAAUCCAGCGCCCACCGCAUGGCCGCGCGCGCACCUCUCAUCAUGCCGCGCGCCGCCUCCAGCGCCGGCCCGGUCCCGGCUGCGGCGACGACCGUGGCCAGGCGCCAGUCCGCGCAGUGUCUCCACGCGAGGGGGGCUGUCGGCGGCCUCUUCUUCGACCAGAGGACAGCGCGGCCGGUCCACCACCUCCUCCCUGGCGCCAAGUUCGGAGCGAUUGGGAGCACCGCGGAGGCCGCGCCGUCGGAGGGGCUCGCGCAGAAGCUGCAGGGGGUCGAUGUGUUCGAUCUGAGCGGCAAGACGGUGCCCAUCGUUGAUCUGUGGAAGGAAAGGAAGGCAGUGGUUGCGUUUGCCCGGCAUUUCGGGUGCGUGCUGUGCCGAAAGAGGGCGGACCUUCUCGCCGCGAAACAGGAUGACAUGCAAGCUGCUGGAGUUGCUCUUGUUUUAAUUGGACCAGGUAGUGUUGAACAGGCAAAGGCAUUUUGUGAGCAAACCAAAUUCAAAGGAGAAGUGUAUGCUGACCCUACUCACUCAUCGUAUGACGCUCUUGAAUUUGCAUUCGGGUUGUUCUCCACCUUUACGCCCGCGGCUGGCCUCAAGAUAAUACAGUUGUACAGGGAAGGAUACAGGCAGGACUGGGAAUUGUCAUUCGAGAAGAACACCAGGACAAAAGGCGGAUGGUCCAGGUAUCGAUAACAUCCUGUACAUCCACAAGGACAAAGAAGCCGGAGAUGAUCCUGACAUGCAGGAUGUGUUGAGAGCUUGCUGUUCCUAGAAAAUCAGUGUGCCCCACGACCACACAGUCACUCUAUAUCUCGUUGUAAAAGUCAGGUUGUAAUCAGCCCUCAAUCUUCAGCGAUCCUGUUCAGGAUGCAUGGGCUCUCUUUUUUCGUAACAUACGACGCACGGGGAACCUUACGUUUAUGUUUUGGUAGCAAGGGGGAAAGGAUUGUAAGGGCUAGAAUCCCCUUGCUAUUUAAUUCUGAGUAACAAGAGGAUUUUAGCCCCUCAAAUUCCUUUUAUUUUUCUUGCUCCCAAACAAGCUCGUGCGUGUACAUAACAUAUGUAUGGUUCUGUAUAGAAAUCGAUGAAGUUCUGAGUAUCUGCUAGGAAUAAUAUAUAGGACGUACGAGACUCGUUGUUGUUGA